GCCCCCCCUCCGAGCGUGGCCCCCUUGGUGGGCUGCGUAUAAGGCAGCCCUGGCCGCCGGCUCCUCCGUCUGCACCUCCAUCCUCAUCUCCUGCUCCCGGCCUCUGCCUCUGCCUCUCUCUCUGCUCGCUCCAUCACCAUCCCCCACUGCUCCGUCUGCUCCAGCAUCCCACCGCACGUCUGCUCUGCCCAUCUGCUCUACUUCCAGCCCACGCCUCCGCCGGCCCUUCCGCUCUCUAUCCCCAGCCUGCCCCUCUUCUCUGCGCACCAUGCAGCCCGAGCUCGACGCGGCUGUGGCGCAGCUGUGCAGCCUGCUGCCCGCCAGCACGUCGGCGUCGGCGCGCACGCGCUUCGGCGCCAGCCUGCUCGCCUCGCUGCGCCCGCGCCUCGCCGCCUCCUCCUGGCUCGCCGCCGAGCCGGAGCGCGGCAGUGCGGCGCGCGCCCUGCUCUGGCACGAGCAUGCCGGCGGCGAGGGCGGCGAUGCGGCGCUGCGCCAGGCGUGCGCCGCCGCGGCCCUCGCGCCGCGCGACGCCCUGCCCGCCCUCACCCUCUGGAUCGACCCCGGCUGCGUCUCGAUGCGUCUCGGGCCCGGCCCCGGCGCCGCCGACAGCGAGCGCAGCGCCGCCGGCGCGCCCGUGACGCUCGUCUGGGGCGCGCUGCCCGCCGCCCUGGCGCCCAGUCCACGCUCCACGCACGCCCCGCUGCAGCGCUCCGGCGAGCACGCCUACCGCACACACACGCCGACGCCGCUGGGCAGCAGCAGUAGCAGCAGCAGCAGCUGGAGCGCCAGCGCGCCGCGUCCCGUGCGCAUCGUCGACCCCUCGACGCUCUCUCGUCGUUCGCCGCCUCCGCCGCCGCCGCACAUUCGUUCGCCGAGCGCCUGCAGCGUCGCCACAUCGUGCGCCAGCUCGGCCUUCGGCAGCAGUGCUCUGACGCGCAGCGUCUCGAGCAGCUCCUCGGCGUACGGCACGAGUGUCUCGUCGGCCUCUUGCCCCAGCCUCCUGGCGCCCGGCGACGACGGCAGCGACAGCGAGCUCUCCGUCGACGACCUCGAUGCCGGCAGCUGCUACGGCAUCAUCGAUCUCAUCGACGACGAGAGCGACGUGUGCGACGAGAGCGACGUCGGCGACGCCACGCUCAUGUGCAGCACCACCAACGACAACGACGGCGACACGACCGUCGGCGCCAGUCCGAGCAAGGCGUCGGCCGUCUCGGGCGCCCAUGCGUGGGCAGCGACGCAGCAGCAGCAGCACAAGCGGCAGUCGCCCAGCGGCGCCGCGCUCAACUACACCGUGCACGACAACGGCAACGUCGGCGUGCUCGGCGGCGGCGUGCGUCUCGGAGGCGCGCCCGCCAAGAGUGUCUCGUCGGCGGCGGCCGCCGCAGCACCGGCGCAUAGCAGUCUGCUGCGCCACACGUUCAACGCCGCCGCUCGCGGCUUCCAGCCACAGCACCAGGCCGUCGAGUGGACGGUGCCGCCGCCGGCGUCGUCGCUGUGCAUGCUCCCGCCGCCGCAGCACAUGGCCCUCUCGCCGGCGACGUUUGGCAACAGUGCCUAUCCUCAGCUGCCCAUGCCUCCGUCCUUCUACGCGGUGCCGCCGCCGCCGCAGCUGCUUUUCAGCAACCACGCCGCCGCCGCCUUUCAGCGUGCGCCGCCGCAGCCCAUGCUGCCCGCCAUGCAGCAGCAGCAGCAGCAGCAGCAGCAGCAAUAUCCGGGCGUCGAGGGCCACCAGGCACCUCCGCCCUUCGCUGCCGCAUACCACGGCCUGCCGCACGCCGGCGCCUUCCUCGGCCUCGACCCCUGCGCGCUCGGCGGCGCCGCGCCCAUGAAGCGCGUGCGCUCGCGCGGCCGGCGUUCGCGCGGCCGUGGCGCCGGCCGCGCGGCGCGGCGCCAGGCGGCGGCGCUCAAGGCGCUCGCGGAGCGCGACGGCCUCGCGCCGCCCUCUGGCUCGGAGCUCGGCGACGAGUACGACGACGACGAGGGCGACGACGACGAGUCGGACGGCGACGACCGCGACAUCGAGCGCCGCUGCGAGGCCGCCGCCGCCGCUGCUGCCAACGCCAACAACGCCAACGCCUCGUCGUGGGCGCCGCACGCUCGCGGUCUUUCGGCCACGCCGCGUGCGGCCGCCAUUGGCACCUUCUGA